ACCCCGUGGGUAACGACGUGCUGACGUAAGACGUGUGAACAACAAACAGUUGUUGGACUUCCACAAGCUGCUAGCGAAGGAACUUACUCGGGUGCAGUCGACAGGUGUAACGACGGUACGCAUCUAUCGCUACUGUUAGCUUCAGAAACAUGCUCAUAUGUGGAGAGUGACGCCUGUUUUUUUCCUCGCUGCCGCUGGUCUGGGGCUGUGAUGCACGACAGAGGGUGAACAAGAGGUCCUGUUGGAAAUGUUUGCUUCCUAAUGAAGAAUGGACUUUAACGCUGGCGUAGAAAGAAAACCAGGCAAAGGAGCGGACAUGCGACCGUAUGUAGGCCUGGAUAUCGUUGUUGGGAAACUACUUUAGCUCGCUAGCAUUGGAUCGCUUCUUUCAUGCAAAUGAAUCGGUUUGUGUGUAGCUGUAAGCUCGUAUUGCUAACGUAAUGGAGGUGCUCAAAGCUACCUGUACAUUAUAAAUGGACUUACCUAGCCUCUCAUCGUGGAGAUCUUCUGACUGCCAACAAAUCAAAAAACUUCUGCAAAUAGCGAAAAAUAGUAACCAAAAACGUAUGACGUGCCUUUGUACUGACGAUUUUAAAGUUUUAGUAUAUUUUGGGUCAGUGUCACUGAUUUACAAAUGUGAGCCAUUUACAUUUCCCCCUCUGCUCUAGAAUGAAUCAGACGAUAUCUGAAGAUACUGUGCUGAUUAAACUUGAAUUGUAAGGAGCUGAAUGCUUGUACAUCAGUGAGACAGAGGCAGACGAUAAGGUCCUGCUAGUUCUGGUUACUGUUUAACCCAAUAUGCUGUCUGUCUGGCAGAGUUAAAAAACCUUUUCAUUGGAAAUGAAACCAUGAAUAUCGAAGAGCAGUGCCUAGAUGUGUGCAAUAUUAAGACUAAAGUAAAUGACCAAGAUGAUGACAACACUACAACUAAUUCAGAAGGGGUCAUACCCUGUAUUUCAGAGCUGAUGAUGGACAUUAAUAGUGAUAAACAAACUAUUGUUCCAACUGACACCACCAAACUUUACCUAAUGCCUCAGCUUACAGACAACGUUCAGGCUACGGAAGAGGACAAUCAGAAGGAUCCAGAUGGACAAGAAAUAGAUGAGGUCAAUGGAAAUUGUAAAAGUAGUACACAAAACACCCAUGUGGUUGAAAAUCCCUCUAAUAUCGUUAUUUCAAAUGAGGAGCCACUGAUGGACAGUGUUGGGGUAACAGUAAAAAAGGAAGAAAAGGACUGUGAGGUCAUAUCAGGGGAAAGCCGUGAAGCUGGGGACAUGGACAUUGGUUUGGAUCUUAGUCUCAAUGAAAGUGGUGUCCUGGAGUCUGAAUCUUCAGAUGUAACCCAGUCAAAUAAUGCCUUAGCAUCAGAGCUCUCUACCCAAGAGGUCCUAGCACUCAGCACGACAGAGAGUGUAUCAGAUGAGAGCCAAAACAGGAGCACAGAGCCCACCUCCACAGAGCAGACCGAGGAGUCACCUGCAGUGGAGGAGGCAGAGGACAAACUCAAAACCGGUGGUAAAAGAGUGACAUUUCCUUCAGAUGAGGACAUCGUUUCUGGAGCUGUGGAGCCCAAAGACCCCUGGAGACAUGGUAACUUCUGUUUAUGAAGAGCUCUUUAUUACUUUGUGCCUGUUAGAACAUGUUUUAACUUUAACACCCACAGCCAAGAUAAUUUGAUUUGCCGUCAUGCUCCUAAUAUACAAUAUGCCCAAUGCAGCUGUGUAACUUUCACCACUCCUUGAGGUGUGCCAUCUUAACUGUGGCUACCUGUUUGUUAAGUUAACAGACUGCUCUACAAUGCGUGUGCAAGUGGCACAGUUGUUUUAGAAACGAAUAAACAUGAUUCUUAAUUGUUUUCAUAUUUAAAUAAUAUUCAACAGUAUACAUUAUAUAUUAGAAUAUAAUAAAUAUCCUUUCUCUUAUAGCUUUUCACAAUUACGGUGAAGACUAAGUUGUACCAUAAAUUAGGUUUAUGUUACUAGUGGUGACAGUGUUUAAAUGUACUUUCUUUAAGAUGGGGUGGGCAUAGGCUUGCUCUAUUAUAGAAAAAUAAUAAUAAUGAUUAUUUAAAUCAUAAUUGAAAUAAUUCAAAACAAUGAUUUGCUUGGAGAGUAGGUGGGGCUUUGGACAGAUGAAAUGAUUGUGACAUAGCUCACAGAAACAGAUGUAGAAGAGUAGGAAGGUACAGUCCAUGACCAAACUUUCCACUCAAGGAAACACCUAUGUAUGCAUUUAAACAUUGUUAAUACUCUUACUAUAUAUAAUUAUUUAUUACUGUAUUAUUAUUAUUAUAUAAUAUUAAUAUAUUGAUAAUAUAAUAUAUACCCACAUAUGUAUGUGUGUAUAUAUAUAUGUGUGUGUGUGUAUAUAUAUAUAUAUAUAUAGCUAUAGCGAACAUACAUGAACAUUCACACAGACAGUGGCUCCCUCUUUUCUGCUUCACUCGAGGAAAAACUAAAACUAA